UGCUUUGACUUCUCAAAACGGACGCUGUCAUCUUUGCUCCAUGUCUGUACUAUGUAGUUGACAGGAGACCCACUUGUGAAGACAAGAUGGUAUUUCCUGGCGUGUAGUGUUUCAUUUCUGCUGCAGUAGAUUUCUGACUCUGAAGUCUUCUUAAACGCUGUUGUAUGAACAGGAGCUGACUCUCAUUUGAGUUAGUAAGGAAGCGGAGAAGAAACACUUGACACAAGACGCCGACACAAUGACAGGAGCUGGGGAGAUUCUCAAUUCUCUUGACAAAGCCAAGACACAAUGGUACCAUUUCACAACAAUUAUCAUUGCAGGAAUGGGAUUUUUCACCGACGCUUACGAUCUAUUUUGCAUUUCGACUGUCACUAGGCUUCUUGGACGCCUGUACUACUAUGAUCCCCUGUCAAAGACGCCCGGGGUGCUUCCUGCCAAUGUAUCUGCUGCUGUGAACGGUGUGGCGCUUUGCGGUACUUUUGUAGGGCAGCUCUUAUUUGGAUGGCUCGGUGAUAGGCUCGGACGCAAGAGGGUGUAUGGGUGGACACUUCUUCUUAUGAUCCUCACCUCCCUUGCUUCUGCCAUGUCAUUUGGGAGCUCUGCAAAAGCUGUGAUGAGCACACUCUGCUUCUUCCGCUUCUGGCUGGGAGUAGGGAUCGGAGGCGACUACCCUCUAUCUGCUACGAUCAUGUCGGAGUAUGCGAAUCAGAAGACUCGGGGUACAUUCAUUGCAGCCGUUUUUGCGAUGCAAGGCAUGGGUAUUCUGGGUGGUGCAACCAUUUCCAUCAUCAUCUCGUCCAUGUUCCGGAGCGCUAUAGACAGCCCAUCCUUCAUGGUCAACCCAGUUGAUUCAACGCCACGCCAAGCAGAUUUCGUGUGGAGAAUCGUCCUCGCACUAGGAGCUAUACCUGCAGCUCUGACUUUUUACUACCGAAUGAAGAUGCCCGAGACAGCCCGUUACACUGCACUUGUGGCGAAGGACAACAAGCAGGCUGCUCUUGACAUGGGCCGAGUUCUGCAAGUGGACUUCACCGGCGUCAUUGAUGUCACCACUGCAGUAUCCGGAGGUGUUGCAGGGCCGGAGUAUGGACUUUUUUCGAAACAGUUCUUGAAACGACACGGUCUUGAGCUUCUCGGAUGCUCAAGCACAUGGUUUCUGCUGGAUAUAGCCUUCUACUCUCAGAAUCUCUUCCAGAAGGAUAUCUUCUCCUCCAUCGGUUGGCUUCCUGCUGCGAAGACAAUGAGCGCUUUGGAGGAGGUCUUCAGAGUAUCUCGUGCACAAGCUUUGAUCGCCUUGGUGUCCACUGUACCAGGCUACUGGGUGACGGUAGCAUUGGUUGACGUCAUCGGCCGCUGGGUCAUCCAAAUGAUCGGCUUCUUCUUCAUGACGCUUUUCAUGUUCGUCUUAACUUUCCAGUACUACAGUCUUCGAGGAUCUCCUUGCAAGAAUGAUCCAUCCCUGUUCUGCGGAGGAAAUCACACGGCGUUCCUCUCUUUGUACGCACUCACGUUCUUUUUCGCCAACUUCGGGCCCAAUGUGACAACGUUCAUCAUCCCAGCUGAGCUCUUCCCUGCAAGGCUAAGGUCAACUUGCCACGGUAUUUCAGCUGCAGCAGGGAAGGCUGGCGCUAUUGUAGGUGCGUUCGGCUUCUUGUAUGCUGCUCAGAAUCAAACUGAGGGGAAACAAGACAAAGGCUACCCGACGGGUAUCGGUUUGAAGAACUCGUUUCUGUUGCUGUCAGUAAUCAACGCUGCUGGACUUUUCAUGACCUUCUUCGUCCCUGAAACAAAAGGACGCUCUUUAGAAGAACUGUCGGGGGAGAACAAUUCGGAUAAACAACAGGCUCCUUACAGCUCUUCAUACAUGGCGGAUAAACAAACGGGUUCUUACACCGAAUCAGGACGAUACUAGAUAAUAAAACUUCGACAAUUUUUAGUCACGUAGUAUCAACGUGUCUCUCUUGGUGAAAAAAUCCAGGACAGCAGCCGUGUUGGUUCGAUUUUCUUCCGUUAUCAUUCUUACAAAUUCUUUAGUAGAUGCCCUAGCUGUUGUUUAGCCAUAUUUUCAAAGCUGCACUGAUUGCGUUGGCGUCUCUACUUGUACAUAAUAUGUUUUCAACCAAAAAAACUAGUUUAGAGUGCA